GUUGGGGCGGGGGGGUUUGUGGUCCUGCCUUUACCCCUCUGGUCUCCAAAACACUGAGGCCCUCAUCUCAGGGUCCCUAGCAUUUGGGAAAGCUUCUCCCUCAUUGUUGCUACCCCAGGUUUCUGGGGUCUCCUGUUUCAGCACAGCAAGAAGGACUAGGUUAGGAGUCUGGAGCCCCAAGCCCGUUCUUCACCCUAGGGCUGUAUGAGCACUUGACCUCAGUUUUUCAGUCUAUAAGAGGGGUCAGUGAUGCCCUCUCUGCCAACCUCAAAUGUCUGUCACUGACCAGGUCUUUUGACACUUCCUUAAAGCCACUGCAGCUGUUAGGAUCAUGACCCGUGGAGUUAGGGACACCUCCUGGACCCCAGAUGUGAUCUCUGUGGCCUUGUCAUUUUGCUGUCCCCAGUUCCCUCUCUUUACAUCUCCGUGGUCCACGUUUCAGAAGUCCUGGCCGGGUCCCUCCCCUUGCGGCGACUGCCUCUCUAUCAUUCCUGGUCAGCAAAUAGUCCCUGAGUGCCUGAGGCACCCUCCACCCCUCGGGUGCUCCCCAGAGCAGCUCUGCCUGCCACGGAGCUCUUGGCCCCGCCGCCUCCCUCUCUUCCUGCAGUCUGCGUUCUCCCAGCUACGGUUGACACCAGGCCUGCGGAAGGUUCUUUUUGCCACAGCCCUGGGGACUGUGGCCCUGGCCCUGGCCGCCCACCAGCUAAAAAGGCGACGGCGGAGGAAGAAGCAGGUCGGCCCAGAGAUCGGAGGCGCACAUCUGGGCACGGUGCCCCUCCCCAUCCUCAUGGCCAGGAAGGUGCCGUCGGUGAAGAAAGGCUACGCCAGCCGGAGGAUGCAGAGCCCCAGCAGCAAGAGUAACGACACUCUGAGUGGCAUUUCCUCCAUCGAGCCCAGCAAGCGCUCGGGCUCCUCCCACAGCCUGGCUUCGAUGGUAGCAGUGAACUCAUCCAGCCCCACGGCUGCGUGCUCAGGACCAUGGGAUGCCAGAGGGAUGGAAGAGUCUGUGACCGCCGGUGACGGCGAUGCGGAGAGUCUCUACAUGCAGGGCAUGGAGCUGUUCGAGGAGGCUCUACAGAAGUGGGAGCAGGCGCUGAGCGUGGGGCAGAGAGGGGACAGCAGCAGCACCCCCACGCCGGGGGACAGCCUGCGGAACCCCGAGACUGCUUCGGAGGUGCUGUCUGAGCCAGAGUCACAGCGAAGGGAGUUUGCAGAGAAGCUGGAGUCCCUGCUGCACCGGGCCUACCACCUGCAGGAGGAGUUCGGGUCCACCUUCCCCUCCGACAGCGUGCUGCUGGACCUUGAGAGGACCCUCAUGCUCCCCUUGACAGAGGGCUCCCUGCAUCUACGGGCGGACGAUGAAGACAGCCUGACCUCUGAGGAUUCCUUCUUCUCUGCCACAGAGCUCUUUGAGUCCCUGCAGGUGGGAGAUUACUCGAUCCCGCUCUCCAGGCCGGCCGCCGCUUACGAGGAGGCUUUGCAACUGGUGAAGGAGGGGAAGGUGCCCUGCCGGACCCUCAGGACUGAGCUGCUGGGCUGCUACAGUGACCAGGACUUUCUGGCCAAGCUGCAUUGUGUGCGGCAAGCCUUCGAGGGUCUUCUGGAAGACAAGAGCAACCAGCUUUUCUUCGGGGAGGUUGGCCGGCAGAUGGUGACGGGCCUGAUGACCAAGGCCGAGAAGAGCCCCAAAGGCUUCCUGGAGAGUUACGAGGAGAUGAUGGGCUAUGCCCUGCAGCCUGAGACCUGGGCCACCACGCGGCUGGAGCUGGAGGGCCGUGGGGUGGUGUGCAUGAGCUUCUUCGACAUUGUGCUGGACUUCAUACUCAUGGACGCCUUCGAGGACCUGGAGAACCCCCCGUCCUCGGUGCUCGCCGUCCUGAGGAACCGCUGGCUGUCAGACAGCUUCAAGGAGACGGCCCUGGCCACUGCUUGCUGGUCAGUCUUGAAAGCGAAGAGGAGACUGCUGAUGGUGCCUGAUGGCUUCAUCUCCCAUUUCUACUCCGUAUCGGAGCACGUAAGCCCCGUCCUAGCCUUUGGCUUCCUCGGACCCAAACCCCAGCUCGCUGAAGUCUGUGCUUUCUUCAAGCACCAGAUCGUGCAGUACCUGAGGGACAUGUUUGACCUGGACAAUGUGCGCUACACUUCGGUGCCGGCGCUGGCAGACGACAUCCUGCAGCUGUCCCGGCGCCGCAGCGAGAUCCUGCUUGGCUACCUGGGGGCGCCGGUGGCCAGCAGCAUUGGCCUGAACGGGGCGCUGCCCCGAGAGAACGGCCCCCCGGAGUUGCUCCAGUAGUGGCGGGUGCACGCUCGGGGAGGGGUGCUGCCUGGGUCUUGUCCACAUGGCGAUGGCAGUGAAAAGGCCGUCUCCUCCCCUCCUUAGGGUUGGUGUCGAAGGGCCUGGGUGUCCCUGGCUGUCAGCGUCGGCAGAGCCUGGGCUUUGGUGGCCUAGGGCAAUUGUCCCUGAUCAUCUGGGAAUCCCUGCAAACUUCCUUGGAGAGGGUUGGAGCCCUGGGGGCCUGCCUGACUGCCCUCAGCUGUCCCUGGGCAAAGCAGCAGCUGGACCAGCGGCUUGUGGGGCCUGAGGGAGAGGAAGGUGGUCAGAGAGAGACAUUGUUGUGAGGAGGGGUGGGACAGGCAGAGCCGGAGGGCUGCUGACGACGGGGCUGGGAAGGUAGAGGUGGAAGACGGGGUGGUGGGGCUCUGGGGAAGGCCACGGAUGGCCUGAGCCAGAAGGGACCUGGGCUUUAGACCGUCUCUUGGUGCCCAGUGCCUGCUGGCCCCCACCCCUGCCACCACCCUAGAGACUUUGCAGCUCCAGAUUGGGAGGGUGGGGGCCACAGAGUGCCUGGUGUGGGAGGGGUACCUUAGACGGGUGGCAGGCCUGGACCAUCCAAGGGUGGGACGGGGUGGGUCUGCUUUCCUUGUCCUCACGUCUGGGCAGGGACUGGGCCCUUGGCAAACCCAAGCAGGAAACCAGGAUGCUGUCCUCUGACAUUCCCUCGUCCUGCCAAAGACUGUCACUUCUCUUCCCCUUUGCCACCACCAAAGAUGGAACAGGUGGGGCUGGUCCUCCCGCCCCACCCACCUGCCUCUGUGAGCCUGGAACCCCCUGGGUGGUGCUAGGGCUGAGCUGGAGGCUCUGACCAGGGUUCACCGCAGGCCUGUCACCUGUGCUGCCGUCGGUGGCGGGCCCAGGGACCACAUCGGGCGGGUCAGAAGAUGUACAGGGCUGGACUGGCUCCCCUGCCCUCAUUAGGACAAGAAACUUCGCCGGGCGCUUUGCCGUUGGCUCGACGCACAAACGCUCCAGCUGUGCAUCGGCUGGUCCUCCAGCCGUCCCCACCUUGUCCCCACCUCCGCAGGGUGCUGUGAGCCCUGCAGACUGACUUCACUCAGUGUUUUCACCGGAGGUGGGAUGUUUUAUUUAUUGCCUUAACACUUUAUUUUGUGAUCCUGCCCCUUUCAGGCUGAGAGGCCUCCCAGAGAAACUGAGUUCUUCCUCCUUGUUCUCCGUACCCCGGAGGACUGGCUCCUCAGACCAGGGCCCCUCUCCCCCGAAUGGCAAAGGGGUCCUGGGAGGGAGAGAGAAGGGAAAUGGAGAGGGGUGGUGCGGGUCCGCCCAUCACCUCCCUGCACGCUCGCUCCUGCUCCCCCAGGCUGGAGGACCCUGUGUUGAGCCAGGGCUCUGGCCCCAACCCCCACCCCCCUGAGGCUGGUGUCCAGGAAGGAGCAGCCUCCUGCAUGGGAAGGCCCGGGGGGACCCUCCUCCCCUCCAGCCCCACAUUCCGUUCAUUUGCACUUCCCCUGCACUCUGAAUGUCAUCUUGAGCCUGGGCCCCCCCCCAGCUACUCUGGUUUGCUCCCAGAUCACUCAGAGUAGUGUUUUCAUUUGUCUUUGUUUACACGUCCAUGCACUGCCUCUGGCACUUGAUUUGUUGCAGCUUCCAACUUUUGUAUGGUAGAGCGUGUGUGCAUCGACCUCAAGUCAAAUAAAUGAUUUAUUAAACAA